UCUCGGAAAUUCGGAUUCAGGACGACCGCCCGUCCCAGGGUCCUGUGCACGUGCCGAGAAGAGAACAUUUGCCUCUGUGGUCGCCCGGAGGGGCCCUGGAGGAGGGGGCGACGGAUACAGGGAAUCGAGGUCCGCCGUGGGAAUGAUCCACGAACUGCUCUUGGCUCUGAGCGGGUACCCAGGGUCCAUUUUUACCUGGAACAAACGGAGUGGCCUCCAGGUGUCACAGGACUUUCCAUUUCUCCAUCCCAGUGAAACCAGCGUGCUGAAUCGACUCUGCAGGCUCGGCACAGACUAUAUUCGCUUCACUGAGUUCAUUGAACAGUACACGGGCCAUGUGCAACAACAGGAUCACCACGCAUCUCAGCAGGGCCAAGGUGGGUUACAUGGAAUCUACCUAAGGGCUUUCUGCACAGGGCUGGAUUCAGUUUUGCAGCCUUAUCGUCAAGCACUGCUGGAUUUGGAACAAGAGUUCCUGGCGGACCCCCAUCUGUCCAUAUCACAUGUCAAUUACUCCUUAGAUCAGUUCCAGCUCCUUUUUCCUUCUGUGAUGGUUGUAGUAGAACAAAUUAAAAGUCAAAAGCUCCUAAAACCUUUGGAAUAUCCUAAUGGUAAGAAGAUAAAGAUUCAUGGUUGUCAAAUCCUGGAAACAGUAUACAAGCACAGCUGUGGAGGUUUGCCUCCUGUUCGCAGUGCAUUAGAAAAAAUCCUGGCCGUGUGUCAUGGGGUCAUGUAUAAGCAGCUUUCAGCCUGGAUGCUACAUGGACUCCUCUUGGAUCAGCAUGAAGAAUUCUUUAUUAAACAGGGUCCAUCUUCUGGUAAUGUCAGUGCCCAGCCAGAAGAGGAUGAGGAGGAUUUGGGCAUUGGUGGACUGACAGGAAAGCAAUUGAAAGAGCUCCAGGACUUGCGCCUGAUAGAAGAAGAGAACAUGUUGGCACCAUCUCUAAAGCAGUUUUCCCUGCGGGUGGAGAUUUUGCCAUCCUACAUCCCAGUGAGGGUUGCUGAAAAAAUCCUGUUUGUUGGAGAAUCUGUCCAGAUGUUUGAGAAUCAAAAUGUAAACUUGACUAGAAAAGGAUCCAUUUUGAAAAACCAAGAGGACACUUUUGCUGCGGAGCUGCAUCGCCUCAAGCAGCAGCCACUCUUCAGCCUGGUGGAUUUUGAGCAGGUGGUGGAUCGUAUUCGUAGUACUGUGGCUGAGCAUCUCUGGAAGCUGAUGGUAGAAGAGUCUGACUUACUGGGUCAGCUGAAGAUCAUUAAAGACUUUUACCUUCUGGGACGUGGAGAACUGUUUCAGGCCUUCAUCGACACAGCUCAACACAUGUUAAAAACACCACCCACUGCAGUAACUGAACAUGAUGUGAACGUGGCCUUCCAACAGUCGGCACACAAGGUGCUGCUAGAUGAUGACAACCUCCUCCCUCUGUUGCACUUGACAAUUGAGUAUCACGGAAAGGAGCAUAAAGAAGCUAUGCAGGCAAGAGAAGGGCCUUCUCGAGAAACUUCUCCCCGGGAAACCCCUGCGUCUGGCUGGGCAGCCCUUGGUCUUUCCUACAAAGUGCAAUGGCCGCUACAUAUUCUUUUUACCCCUGCUGUCCUGGAAAAGUACAAUGUUGUUUUCAAGUACUUACUGAGCGUGCGCCGGGUCCAGGCUGAGCUGCAGCACUGCUGGGCCCUGCAGAUGCAGCGCAAGCACCUCAAGUCCAACCAGACUGAUGCAGUCAAGUGGCGCCUGAGAAAUCACAUGGCCUUCUUGGUGGAUAAUCUUCAGUACUACCUGCAGGUAGAUGUGCUGGAGUCUCAAUUCUCACAGCUGCUUCAUCAAAUCAAUUCUACCCGAGACUUUGAAAGCAUCCGAUUGGCUCAUGACCACUUCCUAAGCAAUUUGCUGGCUCAGUCCUUUAUCUUGUUGAAACCAGUGUUUCACUGCCUGAAUGAAAUCCUAGAUCUCUGUCAUAGCUUUUGCUUGCUGGUUAGUCAGAACCUGGGCCCGCUGGAUGAACGUGGGGCCGCCCAGCUAAGCAUCCUAGUGAAGGGCUUCAGCCGCCAGUCUUCGCUCCUAUUCAAGAUUCUCUCCAGUGUUCGGAAUCAUCAGAUCAAUUCAGAUUUGGCUCAGCUACUGCUACGACUAGAUUAUAACAAGUAUUACACCCAGGCUGGUGGAACUCUGGGCAGUUUCGGGAUGUGAAAAUCUCUGCAAUCUCACCACAUUCCCAAGUCUCUAACAGAAGAUUAACAAACAUCCCAUUCUCUAGCCACUCACUGUCUGUCUGCAGCCGACUGAGAGGGCUCCUACCUUUUCUCCUAGAAGGUAUUUUACUAAACAUCCAUGGGUACAUCCUUCCCAUUCGGAAGGGUCUGUUCUGCCUUAGGGGAGUUCUUAAUUCGCCCACCAAGGGGGAUAUGUGGGGUGUGCUUUCCCUCUGCUGACCAUGGAAGAUCUGUUACAUUGAGAACAUUGUUGGAUACAUUCAUUUGUUGAGCACCUGCUAUCUGCCCUGGGAACUGUUCCAAGUGCAAGAGACACAGCAAUAAUAUAGAUUUAAAUAUAUAAUAUCUAAAGUUAGAUGUUGUGACUCAUGUGAAAAAAGAUUUAUAUUUAUAAACCGGUCAACUGCUGAUGUUACCACUGAGCAAGAAGGCACCACAUAAGAUGGACUUCUCUUCACCCCACAGACUCUCUUUCCUCCUCCUUCCAAAAACUGAAAUUUGAGUCCUCCAUCCUUAAGGAUCUUCAAAACUGUGACUCUGAAGAAUUUUAAAAAUAACUUCCAGUUAUUUCAAACUGUUAAAAAGGGCAGUUCUACUACUGACAGUGUAUUUAAAGUCUCCCCCCGCCCCCUCCCCCACACACACCCCGCACACACACCACACACACCCUCCUUAAGAAAAAAAGUUGAGGUCAAACUGUUUUCAAAUACUGAAAACUACAGGUCUGGUUUUCAAAGAACCAGAGGAGUUGAGGUUCUCCUAAUCUGGCUGAACCAUUCCUGGUAAUCACUAACGUUCAUAUCAGUAUGAACCAAAAUUAUUAUCCAUUGAGUAACUCCUUCCAAACUGAAGAGGAAUGCAGUAGUCUGGCUUCAGUUUGUAGCCACAGAAUCUGAUCCUCAUCUCUACAUGUUCUACUGCCUCCUACACCUUAUUCCCUGCGGCUGGCAGCUAGAGAGGACUCCUCUACUGCUGUCUCUGGAACAGAGGUUGGCAAACUCUGGCCCACCACCUUUUUUUUGUAAAUAAAGUUUUUGCUGAAGCACAGCCAUGAGCCUUCAUUUGCCUAUUGUCUGUGGCUGCUAUCAUGCUAUCACAGCAAAGGGGAGUAGGUGUAACAUACCAAAUAGCCCGCAAAGCCUAAACUAUUUACUGUUUGGGAGGAAAAAAUAUCGGUAACUUCUGCUUUAGGAAAUGAGAACAUCAAAUGGGAUGAUGCCUGGGGUAGGAAAGGAGUGGCUUCCAGUAACUGACAGUAACAUUUUGGGCCUCUGGCGAGAGCAUCUAACAUUUCCAAGUGUUAUUACCAUGUUUUUUUUUCACAUUGAUCCUUGCAAGGGUCAUCCUGUCAGGUGUACAGUCACUGCCCCUGCACAGCAAUUAGUCCUUUCACCUUUUAGCUCUUAAGAUCUCAACUCCUCUAAAGAGUUUUUUGAUUGCCAGGAAACAUAAGGCAAUAUCCAAAUCCACUCAACUUUUGGUACAACUUUUAUCCCGGGCCUACUAAAAAAUCAGGUUUGGGGAAGUAUUGAAUUCUAUCUAGGCCAGGAAAGUCUUUUGACAGUGAUGCCACAGAAAACUUUAAAAUUCACUCAUUUUCCUUGACUAGCUGUCUUCCUAUAGUGAACAAAGCCUAUUAAAAAAAACUGCAGAAAAGGUA